GCGAAAUUUCUUGCUGAAGCCAACUUUUUAUUUCUUCAAUUCCUGCCAAUUGGGCUGAUUUUGACUUUCAUGUGAAUGUUUGGAAUGACCAGGUAGAGCUGCUUUAGUUUUUGGCUGCUAUUUCUGAUGAGUUUUGCAUUUGCGAAAUUUUUGCAUCGAAUAGGGAUCAACAGCUUUUAUUUGACGCUCUUUUGCUAAUUAUUCAUUGAAAUUUCUCUUUAUUUAUUUUUAGGAUGUCGGAAAAGGAGCUAAAAUUCGAUUCAAGCGACCCUCCUGCAUACAACCAUGCUAAUGUUUACAAUGUUGAUCUCGAAAAGGGACUUCCUUUGUAUAAACCAAAAGACAUAAACAAAACUUCCAAUUCAACGUCUGUCAAAGUCAAACAAAGCAAAAAAACGAUAAUGACUGAAUCCAGCAGCUUUCCUGAGUCCAUAAAGGAGCUUCACUGCAAAACAUCAGAAAUAGUAAACUAUGGUUUUCCCGAAAAUGUGGUCCUCAAACACAGAAACUAUCGUUUACUAUCAACAGCAAUCUUUUCGUUGUUGUGUACGCUAGCAAUUUCCUAUCCUUUCGAACCCUUUUCUUGGCUAAAAAAUGCCUUUAAUGAAAUUAAAUACGAUUGGACCCUUCUUGGUUUUUUAGUUCUUUUGAUUGUGAUAUGGGCAAUAUUCUAUGCUUUUUUCUAUUUCUUUCAUCCAAUUGCCAUCGGGGCAAUAAGAGCCUUGCCCUACUCCAUAAUCUUUGUGUGUAUUGCCAUUGGUAAUAUUGGAGUAUUGCUUGGUGGUGUCAUAUAUAAAAUUGGAGUAUUGCUUGGUGAUAUUAUUUAUGCUGUUGCCCAAGGAUUUUAUAUAGUUUUCAUGCGUUUCCUUGGAUUAGACUAUGCAAAUACAACUGAAACCACCGGUUCGCCUACGCUGCCCGGAUAUCAACAAAGGGAUGAUGCACUGGCUCCUCCGCCGACAACUACGAACGAAGAAAUAGAGCUGCAGAGCAAUCCUACCACUCAAAGUUAA